AUGGCUAAUAGUACGAGUAUUCUCUUGCUUCCAGGCUCGUUCAUGCCUGAGACAGUCUAUUCAGACGUCUUAGAUGCCGUGGCCAAGAGAGGAAUUGAUGUUCGUUUUCUUCCACUCAAGUCCGGGAGUCUCGGGUCAGGCGAUCGCAGAGAGCCGCCGAAUCAAGGAAAGGACGUCAUCGUUGCCGCGUCAUCCUAUGCUAGCGUUCCUUUGACGCAGAGUUACAAAGGACUCAGCAAGGCGGAGAGAGAAAAGAGUGGCAAGAGCGAGGGUCUGGUCAAUAUUGGCUUCAUGCCGUCUGUGGUACCUGAGAUAGGACAGGCAGCAUGUGAGGUCCAGGCCGAUGUCCAACCGGAAAACAUAAUUCCCGUGAAGGGAGAUGUUCGCCAACCCUAA